GAUCAAGGCGUAAAAUCUGGCAUGCGACAGCAACGCCUAUGCAAAGGAACGCGCCCUCAGACUGUUUUGUCCCUGUUUUAUCGCUGCUAUACUAGCAGUUCUCAGCGCCAAUGUUAGCAAGCUGUUAAUCGAAGACGAAGAAAGUCCACGAAAUCUGAAUUACACCCAAAUCACUGUACUGCUAUCAACAUAAUUGACUGGAACACACACGAGAUCCGUUCUACAAUGUAUUUGGCUCGGGUGUUUUGCCGUUUACAUGGCUAUUUGCAACCCAUUUCGAAAGCACAGGCUCCUUUGGUCUCUGGACUCAUACGGACCCAGAAUGAAGUGAGGUGUUGGAAGUAUACUGCUGCUCCACAGUCGACGAGUUGUCACUGGCAACUUCAGGAAGAAUGCCUUGAGCUCAGCUAUGGAGGGCUUAUGAUGCACUUUGACUAUGUGUGGCUACGGGAUCAUUGCCGCUCUGCCUCCUGCUACAACAGCAAGACCAACCAGAGGAACCUAGAUACAUCAAAUGUGGAGCUGAACAUACGUCCCACCAACACCAGGGUGGAUGAUGAGAAUCUCUUCCUCACAUGGCCCGAUGGUCAUGUGACAAGGUACAACCUGAGUUGGCUGGCUCAGAACAGCUAUGAGGGACAGAAGCAGAGUGCCAUGCAGCCACGCUUCAUCUGGAACUCAGACAUCUAUAGCAAUGCCAAGGUGCCCUCUGCCAACUGGGACAAGUUUAUGACCUGUGAUGAUGAACUGAAGAAGUUCCUUAGGAACUUUCUGCUGUAUGGCAUUGCUUUUGUGGAGGGUGUCCCACCGACUGUUGAGGCCACAGAGACGGUUACCCAGAGGGUCAGCCUCAUCAGGGAGACUAUGUAUGGCAAGAUGUGGAACUUCACUUCAGAUUUCUCCCGAGGAGACACUGCCUACACCAAACUGGCCCUGGACCGUCACACAGACACUUCAUACUUCCAGGAACCUUGUGGGAUCCAAGUGUUCCAUUGCCUUAGACAUGAGGGAACGGGAGGAAGAACACUACUUGUGGAUGGAUUCUAUUCUGCAGACCAAGUGCUCCAGAAGAUGCCUGACAACUUUGAGCUGCUUGCCCGGGUGCCUAUCAAGCAUGAGUACAUUGAAAAUGUCAGCGACCACCGCAACCACAUGAUAGGCAUUGGCCCUGUGCUCAGCGUGUAUCCCUGGAACAAUGAGGUGUACAUGAUCCGAUACAAUAACUAUGACCGUGCAGUCAUAAACACUAUCCCCCAUGACAUUGUCAAGCGAUGGUAUGUGGCUCACAGAGAGUUGACCACAGAGCUGAGGAAGCCGGAUAACGAGUUGUGGGUCAAACUGAAGCCUGGAAAGGUUCUCUUCAUUGAUAACUGGCGUGUCAUGCAUGGUCGGGAGUCCUUCACAGGCCUGCGGCAACUGUGUGGCUGCUACCUGACCAGAGACGACGUCCUGAACACUGCCCGCUCCCUGGGUCUGCAGGCCUGAGUGAAGAAGAGUCUCCAACCCUUCCAGCCAACAGCAAAGUAUUUUAUUAGAUGUGUUUAAGUCAAGAACAUGGACUGUGAUCUGUUUGGGAUAAUAUUUGUACACACGCAUUAUGCAUGCAUAUGCUCUUGUCACAACAACAAUCAUCUUUUGAACUGGAACCUAACAUGUUGAGGUGUUUAACAUAUUGGCUUUGUUUUAUCGGAUUAGUUAUUAAUCUUAAAUUCUUCUAGUACGUCUCAAUCACUACAUAGCACUUUUACCAGACAUUUAAUUGUUGAUUCAUGUAUUUAGGAACUUUUGUCUUGUAUACAUGCUGAAAUAAAUGUGAUUUUUUUCCUGA